GGAUCGUUUGGAGGAGGAGCAGCGUUCGGUGUAAAACGGAACCAACCCGGAAAAGUUCGGUCAGUCAGUGAUGGCAGGAACAUCCAGACAUGACAAAGAGAUGGCCAUGAAGGCCAAACAGCAGCUGUCUGACUGUUCAGACCCGUUGGAGAAACUCCGGCUGCAGUGUCUGUCCCGAGGCUCAUCAGGCAUCAAAGGUCUGGGCAGAACCUUCAGAAUCAUGGAUGAUAAUGAGAACCGAUCCCUGGACUUCAAGGAGUUCCUGAAGGGUUUGAACGACUACGGGCUGAUGAUGGAGAAAGAUGAGGCUGCUGCUCUGUUUCAACUCUUUGACCAUGAUGGGAGCGGAUCCAUCGACUUUGAUGAGUUUCUCGUCACUCUGAGGCCACCGAUGUCCAAAGCCCGGAAGGAGGUGGUCAUGGAGGCCUUUCGGAAGCUGGACAAGACCGGAGAUGGUGUGAUCACCAUUGAGGACUUGCAGGGGGUCUACAACGCCAAGUACCACCCCAAGUAUCAGAAUGGGGAGUGGACAGAGGACCAGGUGUUCAGGACUUUCCUGGACAGCUUCGACUCUCCGUACGACAAAGAUGGAAAGGUGACCAAAGAGGAGUUCAUCAACUACUACAGCGGGGUCAGCGCCUCCAUCGACAGCGACGUCUACUUCAUCCUCAUGAUGAGAAACGCCUGGAAGCUCUGAGACAAAUGACACCAACAACCCACCAGGUCGCAGAAACACCCUGCCGCCUCCUGGAAACGACUGGAACUUGUUUUUGUAGAUGUAAAGCUUUG